CGUCAGUUUCGUGUCUGCAUCUGCUUCUGUAACUCAAGCGACCCUCUUCGAAGAAACGAAGACCCACUGAAAUGAGCACUAGCCUGCAAAAAUGGCGAAAUAUGGCGAUCCUUUCGAAUCGUGUUGUCAAAGACCACGCCGGAGUUAUUCUGCGCCUGUUGCACAACGGCCCAGACACUUUAGAGGAGUUAUUAGACCGCCACGUAGUGAAGAAAGAGAAAUCCUUGGACGACGACGAGGAAGAGUUGCUUAGACGGCGACAACUCACCAGCAGCCGAAGAGAGGCACUGAGUCUUUAUCGAGAUAUCCUCCGAGCAACCCGAUUCUUUAUGUGGCCAGAUUCGCGAGGUGUGUUGUGGCGAGAUAUAUUGAGAGAGAACGCGAGGAAGGAGUUCGAGGAUUCCCGGUUCGAGACGGAUCCGGAGAUCGUGACCCGGUUACUCAUCGGAGGUCGUGAGGCAGUGCAAUCGGCCGUAGAUAAGCUCGUCGAGAAGCAGAGGCAGCAGAUUGAGAAGGAACGUGGUGGUGGAGAUCAACGUUGAUAGACUGAUUUGGUUUUGUAAAUUUUAUGGACAAAGUUUGGGGGAUGGAGUUCAAAGUAAAGAUCAAAAUUAAAGAUGGCUGCGGAACCUCCAAAGAGAGAGGAGGCAAAGUGCAACCACAAAAGCAUCGAUAGGCCCGAUGAAAGCAAGGUGCCAAGGUAAAGGUACUCUCUACGCUUUGCCAACAUGGUUGCCACUGUGAAACAACCAGAGGCUAACCCAGUUCCCACAAACGCAGUAAUCAGAAUGCUUGGGUCAAUUUCAAUGGCCAAAUGAACCAAAGGACCAAUUGAAGCCCCUUCAAAAAGUGCGUUGGACUUUCUACUUUCUAAUGGUUUUGGGGAGAUGUGGAAUUAUUGUAGGAAAAGAAGCUUCAGAAGUGCUGGCUCGAAACCAAUGUACAGAAUCUUUCUAGCUUCGAUAUCUUCCUGAUCAGGGCCUUGGACUUUCUAAUGGUUUUGGAGAGAAGUGGAAAUUAUUGUAGGAAAAGAAGCUUCAGAAGUACUGGCUAGAUGGUUUGGCAGACUUGGAAAGGUGAAGGAAGUGGAGCUUGUUUUGAGAGAAUAUGCUGCAGGGGGGAUUUUUUGUUGAGUUCCUGCUUCCUAGCUAGGUAUUCUGGUUACUUCGUCUCGUUGCCUCGCGCUAAUUACAAACCAUGUAAGUCGAUAUUAAUAUUCUCAUACAUACAAAUUGUCGGGGCUAAUUCCACAAUCCAAGA